GAUUUUGUUAAAAUUAGUAAAGUAAUUUUCUAGAAGGGUUACUGUUCAUGAAUAGCUCUUCAUCUUUCAGUUAUUGUGUCUUUGGUUGCACUAAGAUUUGUUUACAUGGUAUCAGAGCUAGAGAGAUAAGCAAUUGCUCUGUGACAAGAUCUCUUGUGAAGGAAAUCAGCCGGUGUUCCAAAAUGGAUUCAAGUGGUCGUGUUGUUGGACUUGCAAAUAAUGAAGAAAAUGCUGAGGCCUUUAAGCAAUGGAGGCAAAGGAAUGCUAAGGCAGAAUUUGCCUUGAAGAGGUCUAUUUCUCAUGGAAUGUUUGAGCACAUAAUUCGUUGCAAAUCUGCCAAUGAAAUUUGGCAAACACUAGACAGGUUAUUCAACAAGAAAGAUGUGGCUCGGCUGCAGUUCUUGGAGAAUCAACUAUCUAAUGCCUGUCAAGGGGACCUCUCUAUGGCUCAAUUCUUUCUGAAAAUUAAAAAUUUAUGUUCAGAAAUUUCAAUUUUGGAUCCAGACGAGCCUAUCUCUGAAGCUCGUAUGAAGCGGCAUAUUGUUCGCGGGUUAAAGCCAGAGUACAUUCCUUAUGUCACCUCAAUUCAAGGGUGGGCUCAACAACCAUCCUUGGAAGAGUUUGAAAAUCUCUUGUCCUCACAAGAGUCUUUGGCCAAGCAAAUGGCAGGAUUAUCUGUGACUUAUCAAGGUGGUGGUGUUGACAAUAAAAAUGUUCUUAUAGCUGAGAAAGGGAAAAUCUUCAACUCAAAAGAAAAGAAAGAUAGUGCAGAAUAUGGAGUUGGUGCCUCUUAUUCUUCAAAUUUCAAGAAGAAAAUCUUCAGAUGCUAUCGGUGUGGUAAACUUGGACAUGUGAAGAAAAAUUGUCGUGUCAAGCUGAUGCAAGGAAAUUGGGUUGAAGCUGAAGGUGGUGAUAAACAAGGUUCUUCUCAAAGCAAUGAAGAAGACUGGGGAAAGUGUUUCAUGGCCAAAAUUGCAUCCAAUUCUACUUCAAUUGAUUUUAAGAAUGAUUGGAUCAUAGAUUCUGGUUGUGGUCAUCAUGUGACUGGUGAUGCUUCCAAGUUCUCAAGUCUCCAUCUUCAUAAAGGCAAAGAUGCAGUUAUCACAGCUGACAACACGGUUCACUCUGUGGAAAAAGAAGGGACAGUUAUUCUCGGUGGAUGCAAGGAAAAUUCCAUUACACUCACUAAUGUGUAUCAUGUCCCAGGUAUGACAAAAAAUCUUUUCUCAGUUACAAAUGCUGUGGACUCUGGGAAUUAUGUUUUAUUUGGCCCUAAUGAUGUGAAAUUUCUUCGAAAUAUUGAAGAAUUAAAAGCUGAUGUUGUUCAUGUUGGUAAAAGAACUGAUGAUGUGUAUGUUUUAUCAAUCUCAACAUCCUUUGUUGAGAAGCUAAGUGGCCAUGACAAUGCUUCUAUAUGGCAUGCUCGUCUUGGGCAUCUUAACAUGAAUAAAUUGAGAGUUAUGGUGCAGAAAGAAUUAGUCAAAGGGCUGCCAAACCUAACCAGUUUUGGUGAUGGUGGAAGUUGUGAAGGUUGUCAAUAUGGCAAGGCUUAUAGGCUUCCAUUUGAGAAGUCUUUUUCUAGGUGCAAAGCUCCAUUGGAUUGCAUUCAUAGUGACUUGUUUGGGCCAACUCCCACUCCUUCUUAUUCUGGUUUUCGCUAUAUGUUGAUAUUUGUUGAUGAUUUUACAAGAUUCACUUGGGUUUAUUUUGUGAAGGAGAAAUCAGAAGUUUUCCUCAAAUUUCAAGAGUUCAAGGAAACUAUUGAACGAGCUCUUGGAAGGAAAAUCAAACGGCUUCGAACUGACAAUGGAGCAAAAUGGAGUGGCGGAGAGGAAAAUUAGACAUCUUGCGGAAACUUGUAGAAGCU